AUGCCCCCACUGCAAUUCCAGCCACUGUCCUCUCAGCCUACUCCAUCCUUUUGGUCAGCUCUCAACUCGCUCAAGCUGGACAGACUCAAGCUUGAUGACGCUCAGCAACCCAUCACUGGCUGGCUGGAAGAAGGACGUCAGGUUCUGGACAAGGAGACCGUUGCUGGACCUUCUUCCACUGGAGUCGUAGGAGUCGAUGGGAGUCUAGGUGUCGGCGGUGGAGCGUUUGGGGAUGAUGUGGACCGUCCUCCCAGUGGCAGUAUCGAGGUCAAAGGAGUGUUCAAGAAUUUCAACACGAUUGAGGAAUUCAGACAGACUGAACCUAAGAAAGCUCUCUUCGACCAGGUCACAGAUUCUAUGUUGACAUCUUUCUCCACCCCCGAACCCCUGCUCAACCCCUUUCUCCUCGUAACCUUUGCCGACUUGAAGAAAUACGUGUAUCAUUACUGGUUCGCCUUCCCUGCUCUGGUGGAUAAACCAGGGUGGGAGGUAGGGUCUGAUGGCUUUAUUGCGGUGGAUGAAAAGGAGAUAAACGAGGUUCGUUCACUGGAAGAUGGAUGGGUCGCCAAAGGAGAAUCACGCUCAGAGGGGUUUCUCGUUCGAGGGGCGGGAGGACAACGUACCAUCGGUCGAUUGUCAGACGCAAAAUCUUUCUUUCUGAAUGUUCCACAGUCAGAGCGAUUUUUGGUCUUUCACGACACCUCUGCUCUCCCUCAAAACCCCGGAUGGCCGUUACGAAACAUGUUAUACUAUCUGCACCACACUCACGGUAUCACAGACAUCAUAAUUGUAUGUUUGCGUCAGGGUUCGGCCUCAAUACGAGGAAGAGUAUUUGUUCCUCCAGGAGAGAUAGUGGGACAGCCGGAAAAACCACAGACAGUAGGUUGGGAGAGGAAUAAAGCGGGGAAGUUGGCGAGCAGGGUAGCGGACUUAGGACCCAUGAUGGAUCCAAGCAAACUGGCAGAUCAGGCAGUGGAUCUGAAUCUUAAACUCAUGCGAUGGCGUAUAAUGCCUUCACUAGACUUAGACAAGAUAGCAUCGACCAAAUGUCUGUUACUAGGAGCAGGGACAUUAGGAUGUUAUGUCGCUCGUGCGCUUAUGGGGUGGGGAAUCAGACAUAUCACUUUCGUCGAUUCAGCCAAAGUGUCAUACUCUAACCCUGUUCGACAACCUCUGUUCGAUUUUGAGGAUUGUCUGGAUGGUGGAAAGCCCAAGGCGCAAUGUGCGGCGGACAAGCUUAAGAAGAUCUUUCCCGGUGUGAACGCCUCCGCCCAUUCCUUCCUAAUACCCAUGCCUGGUCAUCCAAUACCUCCGUCCUCCGAAGCAUCCACCGCUGCUGACAUUACAAAACUUGAAGAUCUCAUCAAAUCUCACGACGCCGUCUUCUUGCUCAUGGACUCUAGAGAGAGUCGGUGGUUACCAACCGUCAUCGCUGCGGCAGAAGGGAAGAUAGUCAUCAACGCUGCAUUAGGGUUUGACAGUUAUUUGGUCAUGCGUCAUGGAGCAUCACCGGACCAAGCCCAGGGGAAAAGAUUGGGAUGUUAUUAUUGUAAUGACAUUGUAGCACCGGCCGAUUCUCUCACAGAUCGAACACUUGAUCAAAUGUGUACAGUCACACGACCAGGUAUCGCACCAAUCGCCUCGGCAACAGCUGUGGAGUUGUUGGUUUCCCUCGUCCAACAUCCUUUAGGGAUCAACGCUCCUGCUGAAACUUCCACAAGUCAUUCUGAAGAAGGUAAAGGCUCGCCUUUGGGUUUAGUACCUCAUCAACUUCGUGGUCAACUUGGUCAAUGGAAGUCUUUGUUAGUUGAAGGAGCGGCAUAUGAUCAAUGUACAGGUUGUAGCAAAACUGUCAUAGACACUUAUCGAUCUCAAGGUCUCUCCAUGCUUCUCAAAGCAUUCAACGAGACUGAUUAUCUUGAACAUCUCACAGGAUUAGAUAAAGUGCAUGAAGAAGGAGAAGCCGCUUUAGAUUCGAUAGAUUGGGAAGAAGAUGAUGAUGAUUUUUGAGUACUCGU